AAAAUUAUUUGGUUUUCGUUGGUUUCCUGUAGCUGCUGACUGUGUAGGAACGUGCCAAUAUUUUAAACAAGCUAUUAUUUAACCUCUUUAUUAUGACUUCGGAAACAAUCGCUACACCACCAUCGGUUUCAUGGGCUCAGAGAAGCACUCGUGUUUUUUUGACAUUUAAUGUUGAAUGUGAAAAACCGGAUAUAAAAAUUGAAAAGAAAUCAGUUUCAUUUAAAGGAAUAUGUGCUCCAGACCGCAAACUACUUCAAGUUGAUAUACCCUUGUAUGCCGAAAUAGACCCCGAGAAGAGCACACAAGUCAACAAAGGCAGAUACAUUGAGCUCGUGUUACUAAAAGAAAAGACUGAUGAGUCAUUUUGGCCCACACUAACAAGUGACAAGAAGAAGCACCAUUGGCUAAAGGUGGACUUCAAUCGCUGGCAGGAGGAGGAUGAAAGUGAUGAUGACAUGCUUGAGAUGAAUGACAUGUUUUCAAACAAAAUAGGCCCAUUUGGGGAUGAACUUGAAAAGGACGACUCCAGUUCUGCUGAGGAAGAGGAUCUUCCUGAUAUAGAAUAGACAUUCUUGUAACUCCAUAGUCAUGUAAAACUAGACAUUUAGAAGUGCAUUAUUAGCCUGUAGCUAUAGCGGUUAGCAAAAUGAAACUGCACUUUAUGCAGAAAGCAAGCCGCUUUGCCCAGUGAUACUAGGGACCAAUCUGAAUGAUUUCAUCUGAGGAAACACAAAUUUCAUCCACUAGAAGUCAAGAUGGCGGACCUUUUUCAAAAUGGCGGCUGCAAAAUUUAAAAAAAUUGUAGACACAAAACGGGUGCACCGAUUUAAGUGAGUACAGUUCAACGUAAUUCAAGGAGUAAAUGUGACGUCCCACGGGUAUGGCGGUUGGCGCUUAAGCUAUUAUUAACGCCGCCCCAAUACUAUCGCGGUGCUAUGCGACGUAAGCGGCAGCCUCUACAAGGUUCCUUUUCCGUGGAACGUCACAAAUAAUAAGCGGCAAUACAUUUAUUUAUAGAUCAAUAAAUAAAGUAAAUAUGUAUUAUUUUCUUUUUUUACCUUUAAAUAUAAAGAAAUAUCAUCAAAGUUGUCAGUUUUGAUGCGAGGGGGCCGUUUCGGACUGGUGUUACGCGCUUUUUGUAAUGCGUAUAGUUAAAAAACUACUUAACGGAUUGUCAAGUGUUUUAUUUUAUUUUGUAGCUAAUAUUAUCAGGCUUCAUUUAAAUGAAAGAAUAUGUGACCAUACUAUAGAACAUUUAGUUGUUAUUUUCAGUAGAAGGAAAAAAAUUAAAAAAAAAAAAACAUAAUUUUCUUAAUAUUCGGCCGCCAUCUUUAUUUUCCUAUAUGGUAUUUUUUUCUGAUUACAGGUGUCAAUACGAAUUAUUUGAUAUAUCAAUCACUAAAAUCGGUGCACCCGUUUUGUGUCUACAAUUUUUUUAAAUUUUGCAGCCGCCAUUUUGGAAAAGUUCCGCCAUCUUGAAUUUUAGUGGAUGAAAUUUGUGUUUCCUCGGAUGAAAUCAUUAAAAUUGGUCUAGGGACUGGGCAAAGCGGCUUGCUUUCUGCAUCAAGUGCAGCUUUCGAUGUUAUAUCGCCGUAACCGCUAGUACUACGGGUCCACACAGAGCGAGCCUAGGCGCGAGGCAAUUUCCUCGCGCACAAAACGACCAGGGCAGAUGUGCCUCGUGAGGCACGUCUAAAUAUGUCGAUACGACAUGCGCACCUCGGCCAAGGCAGGCCUCCUUCACUCGCUCAAGGCCACGCGCUAUAUGCCUACCGCUUGGCGUAUCGUCGACGAUACAACCGACAGAGGGCCGCCGAACGCCCGCCUGAGCGCUCGCACCGCACGUUUCCCGCGCCUACGAUUCGAAAAGCCGAAACCACGUAAUUAUUGUGCAGUAGAUGGGUGUAAAAGUCAAAAAACAAAGGAAAAUUUGUCGUAUUUACCGAGUAGUAUUUUAAAUCUAUCUUUAUGAAUUUUGUCACCAUUUAUUUCUUUGAACAUAAGUAGGUAAAUCUUAAAUUAAGGAGUUUUUUGAGUCAGGUAAUAUAAUUGUUGUUUUUAUUAGUCAAUCAAAUAUUUAAAAAAAUAUGGUUGAUUCGCAACAUUCGUUUUAUUACAAUAAUAACAUGUAACAUUACAACCCUAGCGCAUUCUUACGAUGACGCGUUGGCACGUGACUCGCACGGCGAGCAAGGUAGUCUCGACUCUUUGUGCGCGUACUUAUGGUACAUUUCUUCUCGUCCUGAGCAGCAGGUAUUAUUAUUAAGAUUUUGUAGGCUAUUAUAGCGUAGGUAUUUUCGCUUUUGUAUGGGAAUGAUGUAUCUGUUACGUAGUAACUAUUUAUUAAUCUGUGGCCAAGGCACGUCUGCACUGGCCGUUUUGUGCGCGAGGAAAUUACCUCGCGCCUAUGCUCGCUCUGUGUGGACCCGGCUAUUAAUGUUUGGUAGCUAUGAUUAGCCUUAGUAAUUUGGCAAAAGUAUUUGAAAUUAGUGGUUUGAAUCAGGUUUGUAUUUGAGUGUAGAAGUUGGGCCACUUUUUCUUUAUUAUUAGUUUUACGGGAACUAUGAUGACUCGUUAUUUAUAAGUUUUAUUGUAAAAAUUAUCAGAUUAAGUUUAGAGG